AUGGAUAAUAUACUAAUCUUAAUUCAACUCAACGAUGGAUAUGUGAGCACUUAUGCAGAUCAACAUUAUGGACGAAUUCGAGGAAAAAAUCCAGUAACCGGUGUCGAUCCAGCUAUUAUUUUUCUUAUUGUAUUUGGUUGUCUAGUCGGAGGAUUUUUUAUUAUUUGUAUAUUUGGUACACUUAUUUUAGGUAUUUUUGAUAAUGGAACUCGAUGCACACGAAGAUCAUUGCGAAAUAGGGAACUCAAUAAUUUAUCGCCAUUGUAA